CAAUUUUUCACGUCUUUUGUUGUUUAGAAAAAUCGAAACACCGAAAUUACAGAGAAAGUCGACAGUGAGUUGUGAUAGAGAGAGAGAGAAUGGGUGUAAGCUGCGCGUUGAAGGUGGCUCCGAUUCUGCUUCUGCUGAUCCUUUUCGCAUUUGCGGAUGCCAAGAAGUCAGCCGAUGUGACUGAGCUGCAGAUAGGGGUCAAGCAUAAGCCCAAAUCAUGUGAGUUUCAAGCUCAUAAAGGUGAUAAAAUCAAGGUGCACUAUCGGGGGAAACUCACUGAUGGAACUGUUUUUGAUUCUAGUUUUGAAAGGGGUGAUCCCAUUGAGUUUGAGCUUGGUAGUGGUCAAGUAAUUAAAGGAUGGGACCAAGGACUGCUUGGGAUGUGUGUUGGCGAGAAGCGCAAGUUGAAAAUACCUGCAAAGCUUGGUUAUGGUGCACAGGGUUCGCCACCUACCAUUCCUGGCGGAGCAACACUAAUAUUUGACACAGAGCUUGUUGCAGUCAAUGGGAAGCCAUCAAGUGGGGGGAAUGCAAGUGAAGAUGAGCUAUAGUAACUAGUUAGAGAAGCAGCAGCUUUUAUCCUUUACUACGUUGUCUUCCUUUUAAGAACACCAUCGAUGGUAAACCUCACCAGGCCUUCUCACUGGAAUUUGGAAAAUAUACUUGGGUAGCAUAUUUUCUUGUGCAAAACUAUUUGUUUGUUACUUUGUUGGAGAAACUAAUGUUUCAUUUUAGAGUGGUUGUUCUUGGAUCAGAAUCUAUAUGACCUUAGCUAGGCCGA